AUGGCUUCUCAGAACCAGGAAAAUACCGUCUUCUUGACAGAGCAAGAGGCGGAGCGCAUUCGGAACACGGCCAAAGACAGGUUGAAGAAAUGUUCCGAACUUGUCGGCCAUACACGAGGAACAAGAGACUCCAAAACCGCCAUCACCCAAGCGUUUGGUGCGUCUCUCAUGGCAGAUAUGGAUAUGACGCAGACGAAAGGCCAGGGAGGUACACUGCCGGCCCUUGCCGUAGGGCAACCGUAUCCGCCAUGCACCCUUUCACUUCAAGACCUACAGCCCAUAAAACUCGCCCAGCUCCAAAUGGAUACACAUCAUCGUGGCCGCCAGCUCACCGUCAAGCGUGCGAGCCCAGUUGUCACGCUCGCGGCCAGGUCAUGGACCAUGGUGCAGGACGAAGAAGGAGACGAUACAGAGCGAUUGGAGGUGUGCCUACACAAGUCAAGACACGGCGAGGACGUUCUUGAAUCAGCGUCUUCUUUUUUCGUUAAGGAGCCCUACUUCACUCUCACCGACCAAUGCGAAGCUACCCUUCGCAUUGACCAUCCUUCAGAUCUGAUUGUCUGCAGGGAUGCCAUCGCCAAUCAUAGUCUGAUUUCGGCCAGUGAUGCAGACACAGCAGCAGCAGAGCAGCUCGCUAGAACGUGCAAAGAUAAGGGCAAUGCCGCGCUCAAGCAACACGAUUUAACGCUAGCUCACGCAAAAUAUACCGAGGGUCUGAAGGUCGCUAGACAAGACGUUGUGUUGAACACGAAUCCCGACCUGGCACGAGACAUCUCUCGUAAUCGCGCUCACGUCAAUCUCCUCCUGAAUCGAUUAGAAGAAGCAAACUCUGAUGCAAAAGCUUCCCUUACUGGCAGAGAAGACCAGCGAUCCAAAGAUCUCGACAGCAAGGCAUGUUUCCGUGCCGGUUGUGCUGCGUACGUUCUAGGCGAGUACCGCGAGGCGAAGGCCUUCUUUGAGGAGCAACAGAAGCUCACGCCGGGAGACAAAGACGCAAUUAUCAAUCUGCGAAAGAUUGAGGCACGCCUCCGCGAGCAAGAGACCGGAAUAUAUAAUUGGAAGAAGAUUAGGGCCGGCCUCUCUCGAGCUCAUCCGCGGGUCGACGCCGCAAGUUUCAUCGGUGACAUCAAGGUCGGAGAUAGUCCAGGGCGAGGACGCGGCAUGUUCGCAACCCGUAAUAUACCUGUCGGGGAGAUCGUUAUGUGCGACAAAGCUUUCUCUGUGGUUUGGGGUCAUGAAAGCGAGGCUUUGACGGCGAUGACAUACGACGUGCGUGACGACAGAAUCAGAGUGUCACCUCUAGGUUUAAGCAAAUUAACCGUACAAAAGCUUCUCAGCAAUGCUUCCUGGAUCCAAAGGGUAAUGGAUCUCUACGGCGAUUACCAAGGCGAUGGCAAAAAUGUGUCCCGGACUAAAGAUGGUUUAGUCGUCGAUACCUUUCGAGUAUACGACAUUGUAUCUCGCAACGCCUUUAGCCCAGGCAGCCAGUAUGGCGAAGAAAGUGCGAGAAACGCGAGCACCGGUCUCUGGAUCCGGGCCGCUUACAUCAACCACUCUUGUAUCGCCAACCUUGGGAGAGAAUUCGUCGGCGACGUGAUGGUGCUCCGCGCCACUCAACCCAUUACCGCCGGCGAGGAGAUUUUCAUUAGCUACGACGAGUCGAGUGACUACGACGCAAGGAAGACGGCCUUGAUGACCACCUGGGGGUUCGAAUGCAACUGUGCGCUCUGCGCCGCGGAAAGGGCCGACAAUCCUGCCGUGCGGAAGAAGCGAUGGGAGCUAGCGAAUGAGGUGGAUGUAUUUGUGCAAAGGGAAUAUUGGGCAAACGCAAAGAGGCUCACAAUUGCGAAGGCGCGACGUCUUGCGCGGGCUAUCGAUGAUAUGUACGAUAGUGAAAGAUACAAGGAUGUGCCUCGCGUGGCGGUACGGAGGAUUCAGGAGUGGCUCACUAAAGCGAGCCCGCGAUAA